CAGAAACGACCAAAUUUGGAGAGCGCAAUAUUCAAAGUUAAGACAGCAUUAAACACAGUGGCAAAUUAACAAAAAACAUCAUUAAUCUUCUCAUUAUAAACAUCUCAGUUCUCAGAUAUCAUCAAUCAAUCACUGUAUCUAAUUCUUCUCUUCUUUGCCGCCUUUGUCCCUUCAUAUACCUUUCUUUUUCCGAUCAUUCCAACUUUCUAUUUCUGUCAAUCCCUACUUUCCAAUUAUAACUCAGCUUUCCUAAAUCAGCAAUUUCUCCUUGUUCCCGUUUCUUGAUUUACAGAUCACAAUCGAAAAGAAUCAAGAUUUCUUCUUUUGUUCAAUCAUUUAAGGGGUUGUAAUACAAUAGCAAAACUUCAUCUGGCUUUUAACCAAUUCAAAAUUCAAAGAAUUUUUUCUGGUACUUUGGCCUAAUUACACAAUUCUUGAAUUGGGUUUUUGAAACUUACUCUUAAUGUAGUACUGAAAAUCCAUUUUGGGUUUCUUCAAUUUUGAAAUUCAAAGCCAUUUUUCCGGGGAUUUGACUGAUUUACACACUUUUAGGAACUGGGUUUCGAAUCUUGAUUGUUAAAGAUUGAAUUUUUAGUGAAAAUGAGGAAUAGGGGAGAAAAAGAAGACCUAGAGAGUAAAUUGCCUGUGUCAAUAACAAGAGAUUCAACAGUUAGUCUUUUAAGGGUAUUGUCAACAUUGAUUGUAUUUGUAAUUGGAGUAGUUAUUGGAUUGACUUCAAGUUCACAUAUUGAUAGGUAUUUUACCUUUCAAGCUGAACAGAUUAUUGCAAAAAAUGCAUUGGCUGAUACAGUGAGUAGGGAUACUGGAAAUUGUACUGUUUGUGAGAAGGAAGAUUGUUUAAGUAUGGAAAGUUUUGUUAGGCCAAAGAUAUUGAUUCAUGGAAUGUCAGAUGAUGAAUUGUAUUGGAGGGCUUCAUUAGAGCCUUACAAGGAGGAGUUUCCAUUUAGGAGAGUGCCUAAAGUGGCCUUUAUGUUCUUGACUAGGGGACAAUUACCAUUCAUACCCUUGUGGGAAAGGUUCUUUCAAGGGCAGGAUGUGAAUAAGUACUCUAUAUAUGUGCAUGCCUUACCAGGGUAUGUGCUAAGUAUUUCGAAUACCUCAGUUUUCUACAAGCGACAAAUUCCAAGUCAGCAUGUUGAAUGGGGAUCAGUAACACUUGUUGAUGCUGAGAGGAGGCUAUUGGCCAAUGCUCUGCUCGACUUCUCAAAUGAGCGGUUUAUCCUCCUUUCUGAGAGCUGUAUUCCAGUUUACAAUUUCCCAACUGUCUACAAGUAUCUUGUAGGAUCCACUCAUAGUUUUGUUCAAUCAUAUGAUGAUCCUUCUCGCUAUGGGCGCGGGCGCUAUAACCGCCGUAUGAAACCUGAUAUCAAACUUCCUGAUUGGCGGAAAGGGUCGCAAUGGUUCGAGAUGAAUCGAACUUUAGCAGUUAGAAUAGUUUCAGAUACUAAAUACUACGAUAUCUUCAGAAGACUUUGCACGCCUGCUUGCUACCCAGACGAGCACUAUAUUCCUACUUUUAUUCAAUUGUUCCACGGAGCUUUAAAUGCAAACCGGACAGUGACGUAUGUUGACUGGUCCUUAGGGGGCCCGCACCCUGCAACAUUCAGCGCGGUUAAUAUUUCUGAAGGUUUCUUACAGUUGAUAAGGAACAAUGGAACAGCAUGUUCCUACAACUCAGAGAAGACACAUGUUUGUUACCUCUUUGCUAGGAAGUUUGAUCCAAGUGCUCUAGAACCUUUACUGAACUUAAGUUCCAAAGUGAUGGAAUUCUGAAGAGAAAUUUUGAGAUCAAGGGGUAUUUUUUUUUUUUUUACCCUUCCCCUGUGAUUUAUUUUGAUGUUAGAUCCUUUGCUCACAGGCGUUGCUCUGCAUUAUGAGUUUUUUGACUCUUGUAGUACAUGGUAUAGAAUUUCUUGGAGAGAUUUAGGCCCGUAGAAUUGAGGGGAGAUGUUAGUUUUCAUCUGCAGACGUGAAAUUUGCCACAGUUGUCUUUGUACCAGAUAUCAUCUUUACUUUGAUAUUAGAAGUUUACUGCAAAACAGUGCCGUAUUUGAGAAAUUAACCAUGUCAUAAGAAUA